UCUAUUAUCUGUGGAUGACGUCACGUGAGAGCACGGCCACGUGCGGGGGCUAAUUUAAAUGAGCUCGGAGUGGCAUUGCCAGGCUGUAUGCUUUGACAACAACCUGCAGACAUGAAGUUCGUCCUGGUGUUGAUGGUAUCUGUACUGGCCCUCACCCUGGCCUGCGAGAAAGGGUCGGACUGCAACGCCAACGAGUGCUGCCUCAUUCAGGAGGAUGGCAGCCAGGUGUGUAAGCCACUCAAGCAAGCAGGAGAAGAGUGCCACGUGUUGAGUGGGCGGAGUCCUUACGAAAUACCAGAGUUUCCGGUGAAGGAGUGUCCGUGCGAGCGAUUCAUGCUGUGCAUAUCUCCAUCUUCUAUGCUGGGGGCCAAAGGCACGUGUCAGGGACUGCUGCUCAGCUAACUCACCCCUUGCCGGCUGGUUAUCUCACUGCGCAUGUGCGACAAUAAACACAUUCACAAAAAGAACCUGGGAGUCUGCCGCUUAUCUUUGUUUCCGUCUGAGUGCUCGAGACAACCGUCUGUGUGGAUGUAGUAGGGUCACUGAGCCGUGUCGUCCACUCAUGCAGCAGAAAGUCUGCCUUCAUCUUCCUUCAAUAUCUGUCUAUAAUAACACUGAUGCCAACAAUUUUGACACAUCACCAAAUAUUGUACAUAACACAAGCACCAACAGUUCUCUCAUCUGAGUGAGAGUACCUAUUUCAUUCGGAGGCCGCGGCGGGAACACUAUGCUCACACUUUCUGGUACAUUCUGUAACCUGUAGCCACACUACUACCAUACACUACGUUGUCUCUAAGCCACAGGUAAGGGUACAAUCACCUGUGGCACCGGCUGGUCCGUGAGACCCUGACUGUACCCAGGGUGUGCUUCAGCAUCUAGACAGCGGCAACAUUUGUGACUCGAUUGUUUUCUCAGGAAGCUGCCAUUGGCGCCAGACGAUCAUCAGCUUGAGUGCGUGUGUUUGACUGUGCGCCUGUGAUGUGUGUGCGCUGAAAGAGGAAAGAGAGAGAACACACAGAAUGGAGCAGAGAGAGGAGGGAGGAAGCGAAUGAGGGAGAGAGAACAAAAGGACUGAAAAGUUACAAACGGUUACACAUGCUCAGGCGCUCUCUUACCUCCCUUGCACGCGUGACUUCACUGCAAGGAGAGAAUUAAUUGCUCACCUGUCCCCUAGGCUACGGAUAGCAAGCAAUUUGUCACAAGGACCCGUUGUCAUGGUGACAAAUCGUUCCGACAUCUGACCCACAUUCACACGACUUUCUCCAAGUCGUCUGCAGCACCUGUGGCUAGACAGGAAGCUUUGUAGUCUCAUGCCUCGUUUUAGCAGUUAACUGGAAAAAAUCGUCUGCCAGCUGUCCAGGGAUAUUAGUUGGUGGCAGGACACCAGGAGCCCCUACUUGGUGACGGCCAAGCGAGUCUGUUAUGGCCACGUGACCCAGCACGAACGUUCUCGAAGACUGUGCUGACACUACCUUGAUGCUGCGGAGGCCAGAGAAAGAACCGACUUACAAACAUCAAGGUGGACCAGUCGUUCGUGCUUACCUGCAUGCUAUCGCCCGACACACGUGUGUCAGCUGCCGCGUCUCUCCAUGUCCUCCCCCCACCCCACCUACGACGGGUAGCAGUCAAGGGUCGAAUGAAUGAAGGACGCUGGGAGAGACGUCAAACAGGAAGUGGCGCUGCACAUGUCAGAAGGAGGACAGAGUCGUUUGUUAUUGCUGACACUCGUCACCUGACGACUGUAACGACAAUGCAGCACAUCAGUCUCUGUAUACGACACCAGCACAGCUGAGUGCGACACCCACACAGCUCUGCGCUCCCUGCCUCUCUCGCUCCACCUGCGACAUGCGCUCCAGCUCACCUCACCUGGCGGCGCUGCUCCUGUGGCUGCCUCACGUGCGGGGCUAUCCUACCUACGCUGACGUCAUUCCCAAUGGCGACCAGGUGUCGGUGCUGUGUCCAGACGGCGGUCAGCGGGUCACGUGGCUCGGUGUCGGUCAUUACAACGUUACGGGCAGCGGACCGCUCAACCCCUUCGGGGUGGAUUUCCUGAGUGCGGGCCGGGGUUGGUCGCCAGGCCUCUGUAGUGCCGACUCAGAUGGCGACGGGAGGUCCAACGGUGAAGAACUUGGUGACCCUGGCUGCACGUGGACCCUGGGCGCACCGCCCACGUUGACCACAAACAUUUCUCACCCAGGCAUCUGUGAGCCGGUGGACAGUGAACUGUGUCGUAUGCCAGCCAACGGUUCCACUGUUGCCUAUGACGUCAUCAGUUCCCUCUGCGCCCACACCGCAGUGUCUGACGACCCGCAUCCUCCAUGUGACACCCUCAUCCCUACUGCAGAUGUCCACAAGGCGACAUUCAGACUCAAGCCGCUGACGGUGUCCAAGAAAAGCGACAGCGUCAGGUGCGAGAGCUUUGUGUUCAACCCCGCCGGCAGCAGCGACGACUACCACGUCAUUGCUCUCGCGCCCAUCGCCAACAUCAGCGGGGUGGUCGCUCGCAUGAUGAUGUAUGUCUGUAAAGGUGAGAAGCUGGGCAGCAUCGGUGAAUGCAACACCACCCCAGAUCCUUCCUCUUGUGAGGUGAUGAGCGUGUGGAUGCCGCCUCUCAAAGACGAGUGUCUGCACCACAACACCGGCAUCCGCCUCGUGACGGGAGGACUCAAGUUCACGUCCUUCAUGCUGCAGGUACACCUGAGGAAGUCCACGGAGGAAUCUGAUCUGACUGGCGACUUCGGGGUCACCGUUUACUUCUCGUCCUCGUUCCGUCAACAAGACGCCGGCAUGUUGGUGGUGGGAAACGACUACAUCACCGUCCCUCCACAAUCCCCUGCGGCCAUCGUCACUUCCGACUGUACCAGCACGUGCACGCGCUCGCUGUUUAGUGGCGACAUUUACAUCACCUCUGCUAUCAGCUUUCUUCAAGAGCUCGGCACCGGUCAAGAGAUCACCAUCUACAGACAGGGCAGCGUGGCGACUGACCACAUCAACAUCACCUUCGCUGACUCUGAUGCAGCACGCAUGAUGACAUUCCAGAAUCCGAUCCUGGUGCAGCCUGGUGACGUCAUCAAGACCAGGUGUCGGUACAACUCCCUGGACAUCCACACCACAACCUUCAACAGCGAGGCUAACCCGGGUGCGCCGUGGGAGAGUUGUCGCGCCUACCUACGCUUCUACCCGGCGCAGCAUGCAGCGCCCAGCCCGACGUGUGUGUCAUGGAAGUCCCUCCUGACCUGUGACCCGGAGACUGAGGGAGGCUGCACGGCCGCCGAGCGCCUCAAGUUCGAGCACCAGAACGUGGUCCGCACGCAGGCCUACACCACAAUCACCACCUCGUGCCUGCCCUUUGGCCCCUGCACCAGCGAAUGCCGGGCGGCCAUUACGGAGGUCCAGGCUCGAGAGCCAUGCAUGGCCAGCUCGGACAGUUGGUUGCGACUCAAGGCCACGUCCCUGAUUACCAGCACCUUCGGUCAGUCUCUUCUCGCGAACCUCGCUGGCUGCGACCUGGACCUGUACAUCGACUCUGAGGCGGCGGCUGCAGAAGAGAGAGACAGGGAGGCGGCAUCCAGAAGCCAACUGCUCAGAAGAAAGGUCGUCUGCAGCAAGGGGACGCAGCCUUCCGUCGUAGCACUUCCCAUGUCUGUGGGCCUUCUCGCCAUCUUCAUCCUACUGACACUGGCUAGGAUCUGAUGUGCUUGUGGGUGACACUGGCUAGGAUCUGAUGUGCUUGUGGGUAACACGGGCUAGGAUCUGAUGUGCUUGUGGGUGACACUGGCUAGGAUCUGCCAAUUGUAUUCAAGACCAUCAUGUUAUUUUUCUUCCAAAAUGUCAGUUUGAACUUCUUGUAGAGCGGUGCGAUUGGCGUGGACAGGGUGAUACGAGAGGGCAGGACGAUUUUCCAUUCUCGUGUCACUUCUCUCCCUCUCACACACUCUACCCCUCACACAAUAACAAACAAACAAACAAACAAACAAACAAACAAACAAACAAACAAACAAACAAGACAGAUAUAGUGUUCCAGACGAAUCUUUAUUACAACAAUGUUCACCACUUUAUUAAUAGAUACAGCUGCUGGCCCUCUGAUUUCAAGCGACACAAGUGCCUGCAUGUAUAGCAUCACUGCGCGUGGACUCUUGUAGCUACACUGCACUGCAUGGUGACUACAGCACAUCACCUUGUCCACAACACCAGCAGACACCGCCACAUCGCAACUCACCAUCUGCUUCCUUCCCAGGGUGCUCGGAGCGCGGGCGGUUGUGAAGUCUUUAAUACACUACUGACAUAGAAGCAGCCUCGUUCUGAUUUCUAGUGUGUUCUAAAAUUCAGCAAGCAAAGUGCUGAGUUCGCUGGCAUGCAGAAGGAACCUGGACUUCUGCUAAAGAUGCAAUCAUCUCUGCCGUCUACGUACCGCCUGUAGAUUCUAUCGAUGAUGCAGUUGUUUUUUGAUUGCUGGUCUUCUAAGCAUACAAACACAUGCACAAGAUAUUUCUGAACCCUGAAAGCUAAGAAGGAAGGAAAGAAACAACAUGUGAAGUUGAGUGAAACGCAAUAUAAACUGUGUAUCAGCAAGACAGCUGACUACAGCUAUUGCUGCAAGUAUGUCGGAGCAUCAACAUCCACCCAGCCUAUAAAUAACGUGGAGAAUGAAGUUAACUAUUGCUGUAAGGGCAUCAACACCUUGGUAGCCUAGCAACAUGGCGAAUAAGGACCAGUUCCAGCCGUUCUGACAUCACAGCACCUUUGGUCAAGACUCGAGAAGAUCAGCCACCACUGCAACACUGGACAAAGUCGCGUGUCAACAGCGUUAAUUCAGUUUCUAAACAAAUCCCUGCUCUAAGGUGAGCGUCUGUCAAAAGACAAAAUAAAAUAAAA